AUGGCUUCUGGCGGAGCUCCUCCGGCUACUCCCUCGCUGUUUAUAGAGCGGUACCGAGCUCGGCUUGAGCUCCAGAGCUCCAGGGCGCUCUCUUCUCUUUUCCGGAAGCCGUCCCGGACCCUGAUCUUGCGAAAUGGCGAAAGGUGGCCGCAUCGCCGUUAUGUUUUCGUGUCUGUACCCCGUUAUCUAAGGAAGAAAUCGGCGUUGCUUGAUCUUGAGAGUAGAGCUAGCACACCUGUGAUUGGUCAAUUGCACUCAUACUUUGCCGAUGUCGACAAUGCGUUGCUGCACCUGGCCAAUUCUCCCGCGUUCGAUCUCGGCUACGACGACAAAGACAGCUGCCCGGACGGUUAUUGGGCUUUAGCAUGUGCACGAGAUUGUUCGAUCGACUGGGGUCGUGAGGAUACCCCUCACGCGUAA